UCCUCGGAGGCUCCGGAGCGGCUUCCCCGGGAAUUCCGGGAUCGAUCCCGGAUUCCCAUCCCGGAUUCCCAUCCCGGAUCCUUCGCGGGACCUCGGGAGAAUCCAGGGAAAGUUUUUUCCUCUUUUCUCCAUGAAUGGAUGAGCAGAAAUCCUGGGAAUUCCUGGAGGAGAAACGCGCGGAGCCCGGGGAUGGUGCGGGACUCGGGACCCGUCGGGAUUUGACCCCUGAGGGCUCCGGAGCCGCAUCCUGACCCCAAAAACCCCAAAAGCCCCAAAAGCCUCGGGAAAAGCUCAAUCCCGGUUUUCUGCCUCCGGAUUUCUCCUCCUGGAUCUCGGAAUUCCUGAGCGAAAUUCCCCAAUUCCCGGCUGGAAUGUGAUGGGGAGGAGGAGGAGGAGGAUCCGCACGGGCCUCGCUGGGAACGGGGGACGGGAACCCCAAAUCCGGGGACGGGAACCCCAAAUCCGGGGACUUCUCCUGCUGAGGUGACCCCAAACCCCCAGGAGCUGCUCAGAGGGGACCCCAAACCACCAGGAACAGCUUGGAAGUGACCCCAAACCACUUGGAGGUGUCCCCAAACCUGCGGGAUCUGCAGGCUUGGAACUGUCCCCAAGUCCCCAGGAUCAGUUUGGAAUUGUCCCCAAACCCCGGGAUCCUUUUGCUGCUGUCCCCAGGAUCCCUUUGGAAUUGUCCCCAGGAUCCCUUUGCUGCUGUCCCCAAGACCCCAGGAUCAGUUAAGAACUGUCCCCAAAUCUCUGGGAUCCCUCUGGGAUUGUCCCCAAGCCACAGGAUCCCCUUGCUGCUGUCCCCAAAUCCCGGGGAUCUGUUUGGAAUUGUCCCCAGGAUCCCUUUGGGGCUGUCCCUGGGAUCCCUUUGGGAUUGUCCCCAAACCCCAGGAUCAGUUCAGAGCUGUCCCCAGGAUCCCUUUGGGGCUGUCCCCAAGUCCCCAGGACCCAUUUGGAUCUGUCCCCAAGGUCACUCUGCCCCCUGUCCCUCUGAGGAUGAUGCUGAACUCCGAGCCCCCGUCCCUCUCCAUCCCCUCAUCCCACCCCGACCCCGCUCCCUCCCUGGCUGCCGGUGCCGGUUCUGGCGCCGGUUCCGGUUCCGGUUCCGGUUCUGGUGCCGGUGCAGAGCCCCUGAGCCGCGAGGAGCGGCGGCGCCGGCGCCGGGCCACGGCCAAGUACCGGACGGCGCACGCGACCCGCGAGCGCAUCCGCGUCGAGGCCUUCAACGUGGCCUUCGCCGAGCUGCGGCGCCUGCUGCCCACGCUGCCCCCGGACAAGAAACUGUCCAAGAUCGAGAUCCUGCGCCUGGCCAUCUGCUACAUCUCCUACCUGAACCACGUCCUGGACGUCUGACUGUCCGUCUGUCCAUCUGUCCAUCCCUGUGUCCAUCUGGCCAUCUGCUACAUCUCCUACCUGAACCACGUCCUGGAUGUCUGACUGUCCGUCUGUCCGUCUGUGUGUCUGUCUGUCCAUCCCUGGGUCCGUCUGUCCAUCCCUGUGUCCGUGUGUCCAUCCCUGCUGCCCACGCUGCCGCCGGACAAGAAACUGUCCAAGAUCGAGAUCCUGCGCCUGGCCAUCUGCUACAUCUCCUACCUGAACCACGUCCUGGACGUCUGACACGUCCGUCUGUCCGUCUGUCCGUCUGUGUGUCCGUCUGUCCAUCCCUGGGUCCGUGUGUCCAUCCCUGCUGCCCACGCUGCCGCCGGACAAGAAACUGUCCAAGAUCGAGAUCCUGCGCCUGGCC